CGCGCUUCAUAACAUAGCCCCUUUCCGAAAGAUUAUUCACGUCCAUGCACUUGCGCAGCGCCGUCAGCACCAUGUCCCCAGUCCCGUCUCCUCACCACCUAGCGCACUUUGAUUCAUUCCAUACUUUACACCCCGAUCCUGUCCGACCUCGCGUUCACAACUGAGCGGGCGAGCUGCACGCCGCUCCUGGAAUGCAUCAGCUUUUCGCAGUGCUGGGAGCAACACGCCGCUUUCACAUUUCCGCUUGUCCGCCUGCCAUUUCCAUGGCGCUUUUUUCAUUGCCGCAUUCCACUUCUCCCAGCGCCGCACCCGUUACCGCAGCUGCCGACGCCCAUGCACACCCUGCGAAGACGUAAUGACCGCGCUUCGGCGCCCUUCCGAUUCAGCCCGCCCCCUUGAAGCGUCCGGUUCGUACGGUGCCGCGACUUGUAUAAAUGCAGGCCUGGGUCGCCUUCUCUUCCAUACAUUCUCCUGUUUACACUUUUUAGCUUAUAUACCGAACUCGCUUUCGUGGUUGGCAGCCAGCCAGCCUCUCGCUUCGCUGGACCCAGUUCUACUUUGGUAACCGCGAUCAACAUGCCUCCCAAACUGGCUCGCCCAUCCCAACUCCCGCAACAGUCCCUUCCGCCCACCAACUUGGGCGCUUACGGCGCGCCUUCGCCGAGCCUGCCGUCGGGCUCUUCCGCCGGCGCAUCAGCCAAGCCGCCCGUCCACAUCGCCGACCUGUGGGCGCAACUAGCAGCGGCAUCGCCAACAGGCGGAGGCCGCGAUCGCUCCACGCCAUCCGGGGUGCCGAGACGGCCGCUGUCUUUCAAGCAGCAGCUGCUCUUGGGAAGCAUGGGAUGUCACGCAGAGGACGUCCUGCACGCCAACCACACCAAUGCCGAGUUCAACGUGCUCCUGGCCGAGGCCCGAAAGUACAGGGACGACUUCCUGGCGCAGCACGACGCCAAGCCCGCCAGCACGUUCUUGUACAACAUCACGGCAGCAAUACACGAAGGCGACAUGCCGGACCGUGUGAUGGCGACGCAUGCAGAGGUCAUGCAGCUGUGGAUCGCGGCUGCCGGCAGCCUGCGGGCAGAUACCGCCAUAGAGCUCAUCUAUGACUACGGCAUGGACGCGGGCACCGUCCUCAAGGCCGACCAGGACUUCGCGCGCUCGGUGCUGACGGCCGCGCAGCAGGCGCGAGCGUCGGGCGCCCUCCUGACCACAACCACGCCAGCCAAGCGAGCCGCUAGCAGCCCCGCCGAGCCAGAUUCCAGUGCCCCCGCCCGCACAGUGUACGUCGGCCAGUCCCGGGACCCUCAACGUCGCUUCCAAGCUCAUGCCCGCAACCCACCCAGCCGGAUGAAGGAGGACGCCAGCCGCUACCAACCCUUCCAUGACCACUUCUCGCUCACGCGCCUCAUGUCCACCGCCAAUCCUGCACUGGCCCAACGGAUGGAGGCCUUCUACAUCGCGCAGUUCAAGGCUCGGGGGCCGGGCGGCUACAAUGUGCUGUGCGGGCCGCCUUCCGCCAGCCCGGCCUUCUACGUGAUGAGGCGGCGACAUGCAGGCAGCACCCACACGCCCACCACCGUCACAGUCACAGACGAUGAUGAUGACGCCCCAGCCACGCUCGCCUAG